AUGAACACAACGGCGAGCAGCACCAAUACGGCGCCGUCUGGAACCAAUGGGUCGAACCCUGGUUUGAAAACGUAUUUCAAAGGCCCCGAAGGCAAAUACAAGCUUCAGUACGAGAAAACCUAUCCCCUUGCCGCUUCUAAUUUCGCCCAUGGUAGAACUGUUACCCAGGUCACAGUUGCACAUCUUAAGGAAAAGCCAAAGGAGACACCAUUUCAACCAUCAUCAACUUCAGGUGCAAGCACUGGAGUAAGGUCAGUGGCUGCCCGUUUAUUGGGCGGCAGCACUGGCGUAAAGGCAUUAAGCCAUUCAGGUGGCAAUGGCGGAAAUAAAUCUAUAAAUGGCACAAAUGGUAAAUUAGGAUCAUUAGGGGCCUCAAGUUUGAACAAUGUUGUUGGUGUCUCGAAUUUCGAUGGUCAGGGAUCUUACGUUGUGUUCAAUGUUGGUGACACGAUUCUGAUCGGUGACUUAAAUACUCAGGAAAAGGAUCCAAUAAAAUCAAUACAGUUUGGCAACUCGAACCCUGUUUGCCACGCGUUCGACUCUGAGGCCGAAGAUGGGCAUGAUUUGCUGUUCGGUUUAAGCUCUGGUGAUGUUUAUUCUGUAUCGCUAAGGCAGCAAUUACAAGAUGCCGGUAAAAAACUUGUGGGGGCCCACCAUUAUAAUAAAGACGCAUCUCAUUUUUCUUUUCAUAAAUUAAACAGUCGGUGUACUUGUAUUGCGUGGAUUCCAAAUGGUCUUGGCUCGUUCCUAGUUGCUCAUGCAGAUGGAAGUAUGUAUAUUUAUGAAAAGGCAAGGAACAAAGAUGUUAAUGGAGAACAUUCAUUUCCUGUGGUCAAAGAUCCGUCUCAAUUUUCUGUAUCCCAUGCACGUUACAGUAAGAACCCAGUUGCUAGAUGGCAUAUAUGCCAAGGUUCAAUAAAUGCCAUCAGUUUUUCAGCGGACGGUGCUUAUAUAGCUACAGUAGGAAGGGAUGGUUACCUUCGGGUGUUUGACUACAAAAACGAAGAGCUCGUUUGCGGUGGAAAGAGCUACUAUGGUGCUCUUCUAUGUUGUGCUUGGAGCUCGGAUGGAAAAUAUAUUCUGGCUGGAGGAGAGGAUGACUUAGUGCAAGUGUGGAGUAUGGAAGAUAAAAGGAUUGUUGCAUGGGGUGAAGGCCACAGCUCGUGGGUUAGUGGAGUUGCCUUCGACCCUUAUUGGUCAGCUCCGAAUGCAGAUGGCACACAAGAAAACAUUAUCUACCGUUUUGGUUCAGUGGGUCAGGAUGCACAGCUCCUUCUAUGGGACCUUGAAAUGGACGAGCUCAUGGUCCCGGUCCGUCGGGCCCCAGGUGGGUCACCCACUUAUAGCACCGAGGCCCAUCAGUCGGCCCAUUGGGACAAUGCCUGCCCUAUUGGAACCUUAAAAGCUGCCCCAAGCACAAGGGAAGUCCCCAAGCUGCCCCCGUUGGUGGCCCACCGGGCCCACACGGAGCCCCUCUCGGGUUUGGUGUUCGCUCGGGAGUUUGUGCUGACAGUUUGCCGUGAGGGCCACAUCAAGAUUUGGAAGAGGCCCGGUUUUGAUGAGAUUGGGCCCGUCUGGCCCGAUUCUUCGUCGAGUUGUUCGGGCGUGAUGGAAAAACCGAAGGUGACAGUGGUCGAGGUUUGA